AUGACAAAUAACUUGGCUGAGUCUUUCAAUAAUUGGGUGUUGCCUUUGAAGAGUCUUCCUAUUCUUGAUAUUAAUGAUGGGAUUAGAGUGAAGUCCAUGGCUUCAAUUGCUGCUUGGAAGCAGGAUGCUCAGGAAUGGUUCUCUGAGUUGUGCCCGGUGAUUGAAAAGAAGCUGAAGGAGAAUUUGGAAGUCGGAAGGCAUUGGAGAGUGAGCAGGUCUAAUACCUAUGUGUAUGAAGUUCACUGCCAGAAGUACAAUAGCAUGGUAAAUGUGGAAACUCGCUUUUGUUCGUGUGGAGAAUGGCAGCUGUAUGGCUUCCCAUGUUCCCAUGCCCUUGUAGUGAUCCAACAACAUGGUUCUUCCCCGUAUUUAUAUGUUAAUGAGCUGUACAAGGUGGAGAAAUAUCGAGAAACUUAUUGUUUCCCAAUUAAUCCUCUUCCCUCUAUUUCGAAGCAAGUGCAUGAUUUUGGUAGAGAUGCGGUGAUAUUGCAGCCUUCUUUGACUAGAAGACCACCGGGAAGGCCUAGAAAGAAGAGGUUCAGAAAAAGGAGCGAGCAAACUAGGGUGAUCAAGUGUGGUAGGUGCGGAAAAUGUGAUGGUCACAACAGAAAGAGUUGUACAGCUCCGAUAUAG